CGACUGGAUCCCUAGGGUAUAGAGUGUUUAGAGUGUCUCCAAAGCAGAUGGCGAGAGUGCCAUUAAAUGGUCAUUGACGAGCAUACACAUCCGGACUUCACUGAAUUGAUCCAGGAAGGGGAUCACGUCGUUGUCCUCUUGGACUGGCCACAGGUUCGCCAGUUGUGUAGUUGCAGAUCAGCAGUUCUGGGUUCUGGAGAAGCAGGGUCCCACCGCAGGACUUGGCCCAAAGGCUGAGGGCAAGACCGUCCAGCGCCUGCAAUCCCUCAGCGCUGGAAGACCGUCCACCGGUGACGUGACGUGACGUGACGUGACCGCACCGCACCUGGGUGUGAAAUCCAGUCGCCGCACUUGACUUUUUGCGAUGGUCUUGGCGUGGUUUUGGCUGGCCUAUCUGGGCUUGAUAGCUGGUGAUGACUGUGAACCAGCCUUGGAGAUGCUGCAGCUACGGGCCAGGAAGACUGAAACGGAAGCAGAAGUGACCAAUGCAUCUGCUCCUGCCACGGUGUACAUGAUCUUCACUUUUGGUGCUGUGGCCACAAGCACGUCGCCCUUGAAAGAUUUCUCGCAGCCCAGCCAGACCUUUCGUGGCCUUCGCUGCUACACUGAAAACUUGCUUCCGAUGGGCAUGCGGCAAGUGGACGCGGGCGCCAACCUCAACCAGCUCUACCAUUCACAGGUGCCCACGGUGGUGUUGCGCAGCCACGGCGACUCGGACUUCUUCGAUGGCACCGGGCGCCCGGAUCUGCCGGCGCACGGCACCGGGGUGCGGCUGCCGGACGUGGGGCUCCAUGACAUGCAGAACUAUUUUCAACGCUUGCUUUCACUACACCUCCGGGGUCGCGAUGCUCAUGUGGAAAAGCCCUUUGCGAGCGCUCACGCCUUUGCAUAUUUGGCAUGGGGAGCCUAUGAGAGGCAGCAGGACAGAGGAGGACGGAGCUUCUGAAAGCCAAGAUCAAGCUUUGUGACGAUGGAAUCCUUGAUCAAGGCACACCUCCCGAACUGGCGCUUGGUGGCGCAAGAGCAGCUGGAUACCAUCGAAGCCGUUGACAACCUGUGGAUCGUCCAAAACCAGAACAGCCAAGAUUGCUUAUUGACCUUUGAAGGAACCCAUACCUUCACGCAGUUCUUCCGGAAUCUCAAGACCACUGAUCAGGUCAUUGAAUACUGUGGCUUCCCAGGUGUUCAUUCCGGCUAUGCUGAGAAGCUUCGCUGGCUCAUGAAGGGAGUGAUGUCGAAGCUGAGGCCGAAACUCUCCAAGUGCUAUCGGGUAGGCUGUACUGGACACUCCUUGGGCGGUGCUCUCUGCGAAAUCUUCGCCGCCUGUGUCAACUCCGGCCGCGUGGGCCACCCCGAUUUCGAGGCAGCGACGUGGAGCGCCGGAGAAAAGGAACUGAUGCCCCAGAUCGCACAGAAGCCGCUCAGCAGGGAUAACCUCGGAGCCCAUUGAGCACCAAGAUGCACCAAGCACGCCCAUGGCAGUGCCCAUGGCGUCUUGCUGUCCGCGCCAAUUCGUGCCUUAAGCUGUUUUGGGGGAAAAGAGUUGAGAGUCCCGAAGCAGCUUUCGAUACCUGAACCUUCAUGUCGAGGGGGGGUUGGAAGCAACUGCUGUCUCGACAUGGCGAACUUGCAGGUUCACCGCCGUGGUCUGGGCGAAAAAAGACUUCACGCUGCCCACUGGAGUGUUGGUGGGUGAGGAGCUCUUGGACGUCCUGAAAAAGCGGACUGAAGGAUAG